AAUGGUGCAGUGCAGAUCAAAACCAGAGGCCAUGUUGUCUUCUACGCGUUGUCGAGGAUCUUGGAAUGGGGCACCCACCCCUAACCCCAUCCCCACCGUCGUAGCACUCGCCGCCGUCCUCCUCCUCCAUGGAUUACGGCCAUGGUCCCCAAUCCGAACCCGCCACCCCAAGGUCCACCCUCUUUCUCUCCUCUUCCGGCAAGGCUCUCGUCGUCUCCAACUCCAACAAAUCCCUCGUCGUUUCCAAUUCCGACAAGCGCCUCGGCACCCCUAGGAAGAAGUAUGUCAAGCAGGUCACCGGCCGCCAUAACGACACCGAGCUCCACCUCGCUGCACAGCGAGGUGACGCCGCAUCCAUCCGGCAGAUCCUCGGCGAUAUUGAUGCUCUCAUGACGGGGACCCUCAGCGGUGCUGAGUUUGAUGCUGAGGUCGCUGAUAUCAGGUCCGCUAUUGUGAACGAGGUCAAUGAGCUGGGCGAGACCGCUCUGUUCACCGCCGCUGAAAAGGGUCACCUCAAUGUCGUCAAGGAGCUCCUCCCUUAUACCACCACCGAAGCACUUUCCUUCAAAAACCGCUCUGCCUUUGAUCCCCUGCACAUUGCAGCUAGCCAAGGCCAUCAAGCUAUUGUGCAGGUGCUGCUGGACCAUGACCCUGAGCUAAUAAAGACGUUUGCGCAGUCAAAUGCAACUCCUCUCGUCUCUGCGGCUACACGAGGACAUGCGGGUGUUGUUGAUCUGUUGCUGUCACGGGAUCCUAGCCAGUUGGAGAUAGCUAGAUCCAAUGGGAAGAAUGCGCUCCAUUUAGCUGCACGCCAAGGACAUGUUGAUGUUGUUAGGAUAUUGCUGGGGAAGGACCCGCAACUUGCUCGGAGGACUGAUAAGAAAGGACAGACUGCACUUCACAUGGCUGUCAAAGGUGUUAGCUGUGAAGUGGUGAAGCUGAUUCUUGCUGCAGAUGCUGCAAUUGUCAUGCUCCCUGAUAGGUUUGGCAAUACUGCAUUGCAUGUAGCCACCAGGAAGAAGAGGGUAGAGAUAGUGAAUGAGCUGUUACUUAUUCCCGACACUAAUGUGAAUGCCCUGACUAGAGACCACAAAACAGCUCUUGACCUUGCGGAAGCGCUUCCAAUAUCCGAAGAAAUUUUGGAGGUUAAAGAGUCCCUUAUUCGUUAUGGUGCAGUUAAAGCCAAUGAUCUUAACCAGCCCAGGGAUGAGCUAAGGAAAACCAUGACACAGAUUAAGAAAGAUGUUUAUUAUCAGCUUGAACAAACUAGAAAAACAAACAAGAAUGUGAGUGGGAUUGCCAAAGACUUAAAAAAGUUGCACAAGGCUGGAAUCAACAAUGCUACCAACUCAGUAACGGUGGUAGCCGUGCUAUUUGCAACGGUUGCAUUUGCUGCACUUUUCACAGUUCCUGGUGGGGAUGAUAACACUGGAAGGGCUGUGAUGGUACACACUGUGUCUUUCAAGUCUUUCUUCCUGUCUAAUGCCAUUGCACUUUUUACUUCAUUGGCUGUGGUGGUAGUUCAAAUCACACUUGUAAGAGGAGAGACAAAGUCGGAGAAGAGGGUUGUGGAGGUGAUCAAUAAGAUGAUGUGGUUAGCCUCUGUCUGCACCACAGUUUCAUAUAUUUCUGCAUCUUAUAUAGUAGUUGGCCGGCGCAGCGAGUGGGCUGCAAUCCUUGUCACUGUUGUUGGGGGGAUCACAAUGGGUGGUGUUCUUGGUACCAUGACAUAUUAUGUGGUGAAAUCCAAACGUUCCCUAAGGUUGAGGAAGAAAGAGAAGUUAUUAUCAAGGGCUGGAACAAACUCAUGGCGUCUCUCGGAAACUGAUUCAGAAGCUCAUCAAAUUUAUGCCAUUUCAUUUCAAAAGAAGAUGAAGAAACAGUUGACGGGUUUACGGGGGGAUUCUCCCCUGCAAUCAGCAAUCCGGGAUGGAAAUUUAGAAUUGGUGAUGGAAAUCAUCUCUCAGAGUCAGAAAGAUGAAGAGUUGAAAGAGUUGCUUUCCAGGACGAAUAACUCUGGUGAAACUGCCUUGUAUGUUGCAGCUGAAAAUGGUCAUCUUGAUAUAGUGAAGGAAUUGAUCAGAUACCAUGAUAUUGGUUUGGCCAGCUUGAAAGCUAGAAAUGGAUUUGAUGCAUUUCAUGUUGCUGCUAAAAAUGGAAACUUAGAGAUAUUGAAGGUCCUCAUGGAGGCCUUUCCUGAAAUUUCAAUGACAGUUGAUCUGUCAAACACUACUGCAUUGCACACUGCUGCAGCACAAGGACAUAUCCAUGUUGUAAAUUUUCUCUUGGAGAAAGGUUACAGCCUGAUAAGUAUUGCAAAAAGCAAUGGGAAAACUGUGUUGCAUUCGGCUGCAAGAAACGGCCACGUGGAGGUCAUCAAGGCCAUUCUAAGCAGAGAGCCUGAAAUUGCAAUGAGAAUUGAUAAGAAGGGGCAGACAGCACUCCAUAUGGCAGUUAAAGGACAAAACCUUGAAUUGGUGGAUGAGCUUGUGACAUUGACUCCAUCUUCGGUUAAUAUGGUGGAUGCCAAAGGAAACACUGCACUGCAUAUAGCAACCCGGAAGAGUCGUCUAAAGAUUAUUCAGAGGUUACUAGAUUGCAGUGAAAUAGACACAAACGUUAUCAAUAAAUCUGGAGAAACUGCUUUGGAUAUUGCAGAGAGAAGUAGUCACUUGGAAAUUACCAACUCUCUACAAGAUCAUGGAGCUCAAAAUGCUAAGUCCAUCAGGUCAUCUUCCAGAAACCCAGCCCUUGAACUCAAACGGACUGUGAGUGACAUAAAAAGCGGGGUACAUAACCAGCUGGAACACACAUUUAAAACGCAAAGGCGUAUGAAAGGCAUAGCCAAGCGAAUUAACAAGAUGCAUGCUGAGGGGCUUAACAAUGCAAUCAACUCCAAUACCGUUGUUGCUGUCCUCAUCGCAACAGUGGCUUUCGCUGCCAUAUUUACUGUCCCAGGCCAGUAUCCUAGAAACCCAGAGGAACUCGCUCCUGGAAUGUCUCCGGGAGAAGCAAACAUUGCUCCGAAUACCGAAUUCUUGAUAUUCAUGAUCUUUGAUUCUACUGCCUUAUUCAUAUCAUUGGCUGUUGUGGUUGUCCAAACAUCUGUGGUUAUUAUAGACAGGAAGACAAAGAAACAAAUGACAGCAGUUAUAAAUAAGUUAAUGUGGAUAGCCUGUGUGCUAAUUUCUGUGGCAUUCAUGGCAAUGUCUUACAUAGUUGUGGGGGAUCACAAAGAGUUGGCUAUUGCAGCCACAGUUCUAGGAACAGUGAUUAUGGUAGCUACUCUAGGAACACUCUGUUAUUGGGUGAUCGCCCACCGCCUUGAAGCAUCCAGAUUGAGAAGUCAACGGACAAUGACAAGCAGCAGGCAGUCAUUCGCUAUGUCAAUGAUGUCAGAUCAUGAGAAUGAGUUUAAGACAGUGUACGCUAUAUAAUUUUGAUUCUACCAUUUCAGAUCACACCUCUUUCUUUUGUUGUCUAAUUACACUAACAUAGAUUCCGGCUUUUGGUUCUUAGUAGCAUGCCCAUUGUAGAACACUGGCAAAGAAUGUAGUCAUAGUCUUGUUGUUAGUAAAUACUAAACAUGUCAUUCUAAAUUGAAGUUUUGGAUGAUGCUCGAUCUCACAACAUUUGUUUCUUCUGAA